GUCCACCUUUAUCCUACAGGUGUUCCAAUGAAGGUGCGUGUGAUUUACGACUUUGUUGCUCAAUGGAGUGGUGAAUUAACUGUUUGUACUGGAGAGGAACUCACAAUCACAAAUCAAAAUGUCGGAUCAGGGUGGUGGCAAGCAGUCAAUGCGUUUGGAAAAGAAGGUCUCAUUCCAUCAGAAUUUGUUGAAAUUAUUGAGUUACCAGAACCACCAGUACCACCUCCUCCUUUACCUGCUACUGAAUUUGGGAAGGAGAUCGAUCGUUGUGAUGAAUGGGAUGAUGAGUGGGAUAGUGAUGAAAAUGAUAUUCCCAGUUCGAACAAAAAUACGAAUGACCGAUAUCAACAGCCAGUUGAAUGCAGUACAUCGCAAACCGGAGGCAAGCAGACGGACCCCUUACUGUCUGCGUCUAAUAAUGUUGAUUACGUACGCAACACACUUAUACGAAAGUUCUUCCACAGAUCAUUCAUCCGUAAUGGUUGUGAAGAUUUUUUGUUGGGUCUCGAUCCACCACCUUUUCCUCAAACCGAAGCUAACAUCGAUUAUGUAGAUGAUUCUUUCCAAUGGCGUCACUUGUCAAGAGAUCUCACUAGCUGUAUUUCAUCGUUUCGUAAAGAUUCAAAAAUGAAGGGGAUCAAAAGUUUUAUCGCUUAUCAAAUAACUAAUUCAGUUACUCAAACUCAAGUCAGUAGAAGAUAUAAACAUUUUGAUUGGCUUCAUUCACGUUUAUUAUCAAAAUAUCCAUGUAUUUGUAUUCCACCAUUACCGGAGAAGGCAAUCACAGGUCGAUAUGAAGAUGACUUUGUUGAUGAACGUCGUAAAUGGUUACAACAAUGGUUAACUCGCAUGUGUAAACAUCCGGUUGUAUCGCAUAGUUCAGUAUUUAUUCACUUUCUUACUUGCACUGACUUCAAGAAGUGGAAACUAGGCAAACGUGAAGCAGAAACUGAUAAAUUACAAGGUGUACGUUUUUAUUUUGCAGUGGAAUCAAGAUGUGGACAAACACCUCAUGACUAUACGGUUGAAAAAGCAGAAACAGCUGAGCGAUUCUUAGCUGAUUUGGAUAGAUCAACUAAAUUUCUAUGUGAAACAGUUGUUGAAUAUCAUCGAAAAUUAAGUAUUAGUAUUCGUAAAGAAUUUUCCAAACUGUCAAUGGCUUUUCUUAACAUGAGCAAAGCUAUUGAAUCGGAUGUUCAUACAAAACAAUUAAAUACAAAAUUAUGCGCCUCACUAGCUGCUACCGGCAAUACAUUCAGAAACGUAUCAUGUAUCCAUGCAAUCCAGUCAGAAGCAACAAUCAAUCUUCAAGAAUGCUUAAAGGAAUUCACUCGUCUACUGCCAAAUACAUCGACUAUUAUCAGUUUAGCUAAAGCUGCAUGUCUUACUGUUGAUGAAUUAAAUCGUUGUAAUACCGAUGAACAAAAAGUGUGUCAAUCCGAUGUGAAUCGAAUUCAAUCUGGUGCAUUGUUGAUUACACGUUCUGUUCAAUCUGAAUGUAAUUUAAUUAUGAGUCAAAUUCGUGAUGAAUGGAUGAAUAAAAUCAAAGACUAUCUUUAUGAUCAAGCACGUUUUUAUCAUCAAAUUGCGGAACAAAUAGAACGGGCUGCUCAAUCUUUUGAAAUCGACUGA